GUCUAUAUUUCAGUCAUAUAAUUAGAAGCUUAACGUGUUACGCAUAACUCUUGCUACUGCGAUGAUUAAUUUAUUAAUAGAGAAGAGAAUUUCUUCGUGGAACGUAGAAAGGUGGAAAAAUAUAGGAGAUGGAACGAGAAUUUUGCGUAACGUCGACGAAAGUUCCGUGAUUAGAGAAGAAUCGUCAAAGCCUCGGGCGCAUAGGUGCAGCUGACAAUGGCAUUCAAAAUUUAACAAUGGCCCUAAAUGGUACAGGAUACAUUUGGAAGAAUUAAUUUCAUAUUUUGUGGUAUUAGUAAGCCAUCAGACUCACCUGUGGAGUGGAAAAAAUGAAAAGAAAAAGAUGGCAGGGGACGAAGGUCUAAAGAGGAAGUCGAUAGCAGGUAGACCGGGCGGAAGAGGAGCGUGAUGGGAGGGCAUGGUGGUCGAAGAUGAUAAAAGCCCGCAAAGAAGAGGAGGAGACACGUAGUGUUGCUUUCAGGAGCUGAACGACAACAGCUAGGAGAUGCCCUCGAAGACGAUCGUUCAUCUGGUGAUCGCCUGCGGCCUUCUCAGCCGUAUUGAAUCUGCAAGUCAAUAUCACGUGUUAUCACAAUUUGGACAGAGUAAUCAGGUGGACCAUAGUAUAUCGUCGAGGCAACAUUCCUCUUGUCCAGAGAAGAAUGGUCGUUUUCCAGUUCCUUCCCAGUGUGAUGCUUAUAUAGAAUGCAUCGAUGGAAUUGCUGAAGAAAAGCUGUGCCCAGAGGGUCUGUUGUUUAAUCCAAAUGCGAGAUUCAAUUAUCCCUGUGGGUAUCCCAUAGAUAUUGACUGCGAGGGCAGACAGAGUAGACAGGCAGCUCAGCCAACAGACGAUUGCCCUCAUCAAUAUGGCUACUUCAAGGUCGGAGAUCACACCCAUUGCGGUCAGUUCGUGAACUGUGCAGCAGGUAUUGGGUACAAAUUUGAUUGUCCCGAGGGAUUAGCUUUUAAUCCUGAGAGUUAUCGGUGCGAUUGGCCCGAUCAAGUUCCAGACUGCGACGCCGAAGCAUUCUUGGGCUUCCAAUGUCCGGAGGAUACGUCCAACUCUUAUUACGGCAAUGAGAUCAGGUUCUACCGUAGCCCCCACGACUGCCAGCGGUAUUACGUCUGCGUGAAUGGCAAGCCGCGAUUACAGAAUUGCGGAGAAGGAAACGCGUUCAACGAGUUGAUCAAUGCCUGUGACGGUGCAGAAAAUGUCACAGGAUGCGAACCACCGGAAUCGACGAUCUUGGACAGAACGAAGAAACCAUUACGCUUAUGAUCUCUUUAAUAACCUCACCUGAUCUAACCGCGAUGUAAAUAUGUAUUUUAUAAGUCGAUGUAAAAAACCAUAUGAAUUAUUUGUUCUUGUAUCGUUUCUUAAUCGAAAAUAAAACAUUGUAAUUUCGA